AUGAAACGGCCGCUGAUAGCUUGGAUUGAGUUUGAUAACGAAAUAACUGGAAGCAAGCUGCGCGGACGCCGAAGCCAUUUGAUUGAACAACACAGUGAGCAAGGUUGGACCGCUAUUGAGGUUUCGACAAGGUUAAUAAAACCUAGACCUGAUUCCACAAUUGGUGCUUUAUGUCGAAAAUUCCCUCUCGCACCCGCAGAAGCUGUUACAAUACAUAAAUCUCAGGGUCAAACGUACCAUUCUGUGGUAGUUUACUUACCUGCAAUAGCGUUAACGUGCUACCUCAUGUACGUUGCCUGCUCACGUGCUGUCACUGCCGAGCGACUUUAUCUUAUUAGAACUUACAGACGACCAAAUCCACCACCGGCCGAUGGACCAUUGGCAUGCGAACUAUCUAGACUCGAGACUGUCGUGCUUGAGGCAUCGUUUCGCUUUUUGCAUAAACGAAGAGCGUAUUUAUACCAGUUCAUGUUCCACAAUAUACAAAGCAUCAGGCGACAUCUAGCGUUGGUACAACAAGACGAGGUUUACCUUGCUUCAGAUUUCUUACUAUUUGCUGAGACGUGGAGCUCAAUAGCAGACAAUGAACAAGAUCUUGGUAUACCUGGGUUCGCGCUUGUGACCCACUAA